GUUAUGAGGCUUGAAAGUUACUGUAGAGUAAGAGAGAAAGAGAAUAAGGCAAUGCACUUCGUUCUCUCUCAUUAAAAAGGGACAAGUAUUAACUCAGCUGACAAAACUAAGCACACGUGGUUGGAAUUGAAUUUUAAUUCGAUUUGUGCUUGUGUAUUUGCGUCUGCGGAAAAUGUUAAACAGUCAAAGAAACGCGCCUAACAUUCUAAUAACAGGCACACCUGGCGUGGGCAAAAGUCUCAUGUCACGUAUGCUGUCGGAGAAAACCGAUUUAAAAUGGGUCGAUGUCAGCAAACUGGCUACAGAGAACGCGUGUCUGGAUGAGUUUGACGAAGAGUAUCAAUGCAGAGUGUUAGAUGAAGAGAAGUUACUAAAUGGAAUGGAGAAUCUUAUGAACGAAGGAGGGAAAAUUGUGGAUUAUCACAGUGCUGAAUUAUUCCCUGAAAGAUGGUUUGACAUUGUAUUUGUACUCAGGACAGAUAAUACUAUCCUAUAUGAUCGACUCAAGGAAAGGGGCUAUUGUGGAAAGAAACUGGAGGACAACAUAGAUUGCGAAAUUUUCCAAACUAUUCUUGAGGAAGCAAAAGAAUCUUACAGGGAGGAGAUAGUACAUGAACUAAUGAGUAAUUCUUUAGAACAGUUGGCAGAUAAUGUACUUGUAAUAUGCCAGUGGGUGGAGCAAUGGAAAAUAGAUAAUCAGCAGAACUGAAAAGAUGUGUAGCGGCUGUCAAUCUGACUUACUCUCGUUUUAUAUAUUUACUAUUUUAAUUAGAUUAGAUAUUGUGUAAGCUACAUAUUCAUUAAAAGCAAAAAGGUUGAUUGAUAAGAUGCAAUUGUAUAAGUAGA